AUGGCUGACCUACAAGGGGCACAGGCAAGUGGUCCACAAGACAAGAUGGAAGAAAUAGCUGGGAUGAUGAAGUCUUUGAUGUCAUCCCAGUACACUAGAGACAAAAUGGUGGAGAAAGAACGGACCCGGCAGGAGCAACGCUGGAACGCUAUGCAGGAUCAAGUCCAGGAACUUCAGCAGCAGCUAAUGCGGAUGCAGACAGAGUGUUCUGCACAUCCAGAACCGACCUCGCGGCCAGCAACGGCUCAGACAGAGCAGAGGAGGGGGCGCACAACCCCAGUUCUUGUGAAUGGCCACUGUGCAGAGGCACUGUUAGAUUCUGGGUGUUUUCAGACUGUAGUACGGUCCUCUUUGGUUCCGCUUGAGCGGCAGUCACCUGAAAAAGCUCGGCUCAUCUGUAUCCAUGGGGACGAGCACAACUACCCUACAGGAGAGGUUUAUCUUACGGUGGGGGGGCAAACUUACUUGGUUAAUGUGGCGUUAGCUAAAAACUUGCCUUUCGCAGUUAUCCUAGGAAACGACAUCCCGACUCUCCCUGAUCUGAUUAUUCAAGCAGAUAGCGGGCACUCAGAAAUGUGUUCAGUGAUUGCUUCAAACCCCUGCUUUCAAUCCCCCCCAGAACCUGCUAAACCCUGUAACAUUCUCACCAGAGCUCAGAUAGCCAGGGGAAUUUGUGAGGAGCUGCCUUUUUGUGACGAGGAGCUUGCUCAACCUUGCAAAGCUAGAAAGCCCAGAGCCCAAAAGAGAAGGGAAAAGUUUGUUGGCUCACAGAAAGAGAAAGAGGAGCUUUCUAAACCCCUGAGUCCGGUGGAAUUUUGCAUCCCAUCAGACAUUGGGGCUCUGCAAAAGGAGGACUCUACACUAAAGCCCUGGUUUGACAAAGUGGAAGAACGGGAGGGAGUGAAAACAGGAAAAGGUAGCCAGUUAGAUGAAGAGCCUUCUCAGCAGUUUUUGGUGCGUGCUGUGAAAGAUGAGGAGAUUACAGAAAAGUUCUUCCCUGUCCCUCCCAAAGAGCCAGCUGCCAUUGACCUUUCUCACCUCUCUCCCCCUCAGCAGGACGAGAUAAAACCUUUCUUGAACCCAGGGGGGGGGGGGGGGGGGGUCUAUCUGUAUGUGGAUAUGGGGGGGUCCUGGGACGACGACAGCCUGCCACUGAUCGAACUUCAACUCAUGCUGAAGUUGACCACUACAGCUGGCCCCAUCGAUUAG